GUUCCUGUGUCCAUGGAGCAGGAGCAGGAGCUGCAGCUGCAGCUGCAGCCACCAUGCACUGAAGAUGACCAAGCAACGUCGUUUGGAGCCGUCGGAGAAACUCGCCGGAAUCCUGAUGCCGAACGUGGUGGAACCAGACACCCUGUUUACAGAGGCGUCCGAAAGCGUCGGUGGGGCAAAUGGGUGUCGGAGAUUCGAGAACCGCGGAAGAAGUCGCGGAUAUGGCUCGGGUCCUUUCCCGUGCCGGAAAUGGCAGCGCGUGCCUAUGAUGUCGCGGCGUAUCAUCUCAAAGGACGCAAAGCGCAGCUCAAUUUUCCCGACGAGGUCGAGCUGCUUCCUCGGCCGUCGUCGUGCACCGCUAGAGAUAUUCAGGCGGCUGCUGCCGAGGCGGCGAAUGCUGUGAUAUCGACUAAGAAAAGCGGGACAGACGGCUCUGACGGCGACUGCAAUGGCGACGAUUUCUGGGGUGAGAUUGAGUUGCCGGAGCUGAUGGAUGGCGGGAAAGAGCUUUGGACGGACACAGUGACGGAAUUCUCGCCGGAGUCGUGUUAUUCGAAUGAUUGUGCAUGGGAGUUCUCCGGUGAUGCCACGUGGACGGAUGGGGAUUCUCAUCAGCAAUACAUGGUUAGCCUCUAAUAUGCGCCGUGGUGUGGUCUACGCCGUUUAAGCAUUUAUAUGAAUUAACAUUGGGCUUUGUUUUGAUGAGUUUUAUUAAUAAUUUUGGAUAUAAAUAUUAGAAGAAAUUUAUGUGAAAUUAAAAGUUAUAAAACUCAUCAAGUUGUGCUA